CAAUCUGCGUCGAAGCGUCGCGGUAAACAGUAGCACAAAAUAGCGAGGCGUAAAAUAGCAAAAUGUGUUGAUAAAGAGACAGACGAAUGCCGAAGGGAAUCGUUAAAUACUACACCUAAUAAUAAUAAUUAUAAUUUAAAGUGCAUAUUUAUAUUUAUUUUCCGCGUGUGCCCAGAUAUUUGAACGACCUAGAUUUCCAUUUGCAAUGGCUGCAAUGCAGUCCAGUAGCCGUCCCCGUGAGCGCCUGCUCUACGCCUUUCGUGGAUGGAUUGCGUUUGUUGCAUUUAUGGAUCUGGGCACAGCGUUCCGUAGCUAUAUAGAACGCCGCAGUUUCCUGGGCGAUCACAGCGAUACACAAUUCAUCGAAGGUGAUUAUACCAUUUCCCGUAUAAUUGGAAUGUACUGUCUUCUAAAGGCAAUCGCUUUGGUGCACUGUACGCUGUACAUACACUAUAGGCCCGUUGUCAGCAUGGGCGGUUGUUCAUUGGCUCUCACCAUGGUCUUCUAUGCCACCGAAGCACUCUACUUUCGUUCAAGCACUUUGAACUUUUACGUAAUCUUCCCUUGCGUCUUGAACACAAUUACUCUACUGGGCCUCAUAUAUAUACCAAAAAGACUUCGUCUCUGGGAACCCAAUAUGGAUCUGGAUGAUGAGAACUCGCAAUUAUUAAAACAAAUGACUGGUUAUAAAAGACGUCGCGCGAAAAAGCAAUAAUUUAAUAUUGAUUGAAAACAACGAACAACUUUAACAGUUUGAAUUGAGAAAUUGGAGAUUGAGAUUGUGUUGUAGAGCGAGACAUAAAUAAGAUGUUGAAUCCGUUAAUGGACUGCAGUGAUGUGAUCAGAAGCAUCAAACAAUACUUAAUUAGCAAUACUAACCAAAGCCAAAUUAGUGAUUUUUUCUAUUAAUUAAGAACAAAGGAGUUAGCCUCAACAUACAUACGUCAAUUGCUGACAUAAUCACAUAAAAACAUUUUGUACUUCCUUUUUAGAAUACAUAUAAAAUGCAUUAUUAAACCAUUA